GCAAUCCACCAAUACACACAUAUCCAAAAUGAUAAUACGAAGUCACACCCUCUCUCUCUUCCUCCUAAUAUUCUUGUCCUCACUACCCUUCAUCAGCGCUGCGACUCCAACCUCCUUUUGCAAAUGUACCUGCUUUUCCAAUAGCACCAUCAUCCCACUUGGCCCGCCCAAGCCUCAUACCUCCUCAAAUCCCACGCUAGGUAGACGCUCGAUAUUCACCCCAUCUCUGUUCUCCCACCGUGCCGUCCCCCGGGACAACGCAGGUGUCCAACCAGCGGAGUCUCAUGGCGAUAAGAACAAGAGUACCGGCGGUGAUAAGGACGACAAGAAGUUCCGCGCGGCCAAUUGUAAUGACUGCAAUCGCAAAUUUUGUCUGGACUAUCACCUUCCGAUGUGCAAGGGUGCGAAGGAGGAUGAUGUUGUAACGACUUGUUUCCAACGAGAAUCUAAUAAAGACAAAGCCGUUGUGCUGAUAUUCAUUGUCGCUACCGUGUCAUUAUUGGUUUGGGCUGCAUUGAAACCUUGGGCGGAAAGGUGGAUUCAGGCCGCUCGUGAAAGGCGACUAUACAUUCCUAUCUCAUCUCGCGAGGAUAAUAACUAAAGGAGGCUCCAAAAUUCCCGUUUCAUGUACAUUGCUUACAUUUAUCCCAUUGGCGUUCCCGGCAGCAGAACAUCGGCUAUGGUAUACAUAUAUCAGAAGAAGAACAGGGCGUUUGGAGGUCUUUAAGGUGCCGUGUUUCACUAUACCAACAUAUCUAUCUCGUUUCCUCUACUCGCGCGGGAAUCUGGUACAGGUAGAGAAAGUUUCAAUAGAUUUAUGCCGAAAUAUCUCCUUUGCCGGGCUAGCUCAAUCGGUAGAGCGUGUGGCUCUUAUGCGUAAGGUUCAUAAAAACCGCGGAUUAACCACAAGGUUGCGAGUUCGACCCUCGCGUUCGGCUUCAGUUAUAUUUUUUCAUCUUCUUCCCCGUCUAUUCUUUUUGUUCUUUUGCAAAACUGUUUUCCCUGGAAAGAGGACGAGUGAACAUUUCCAUUGUGCAAUUGCUCUUCUAGGUGGAUGAUGCUAUGUCUUG